AUGCUCUGGAACAACAAUUGGGUAACACUUAUUGAUGGUCUGCUACAAGUUAAUGUAUUGAGGCAACGACACGUCGGAGUAUCUCAGCCCACAGAAAUUAGAAAUCUGAGUAUAAAUGUUUCUGAACAUGAGAAGCAUAUCACGAACGUUGAUGGCAAGAAUGUAGUGCAGGCCCGUGUUUUCAAACAAUAUGAGACUACAACAUGUGGAGGUGUGACUUUACAGGGAGUUACAUUCUAUCAUUUGCCACAUCUGACAGAAAAAACCGUUACACUAAGCUUUUUAUCAGGCGUUAAGACCGAAUUAAAUAGUGCAUUGUUAGGAAGCAAUGGCCGCACGCCUUUGCCGCGAAAAUUGAAUUCCAACUUUAAGCUGGAAACUUCUAAGAUUGGAGACAUUCGCUCACUGUACUGGAUGCAAGAUUCGCAACAUUUCAGUUCUGAAAUUGAAGUCAAGGUGCAUUAUGCUAGCAUAUCGAGACUAGAUGUAGAAAAGGCCAUAGGUAUGAUGAAUAAGGCUGCAAUAGGAACUGAUUCAGAUGAAAAUCAUUUUGGUUUCGACUUUAGCGGCGUUACAAAAAGUGGCGAACGCGUCAUGGGUAUUGUGGUUGAUGGCUCAUGUAAGCGCACGGUGAGCGCACGUCCAGAUCUUCUGUGGCCGAUUCCGGAUCAUUGGGAGUUUGAAGAAGCCGCUACUGUACCAAUGGCCUACAUGACGGCGUUUUACUGUCUCAAUUCGUGUGUUACAAGUCUGACCAGAGGGACAAUAGAUGUAGCAACUAUGAAAUCUGAUAGCAUCCUUAUUCAUGGAGGUGCCGGUGCUCUAGGUCAAGCUUUGAUAUCAAUAGGAUUAGCGAUCGGUUAUCAAGUAUUUACAACUGUUUCAUUAAGAUGCUCAUCAAGAUGGACUCUGGAUGUUUCAAAAUACAAUCCUCAAGAUAGUUCUUUAUUCGGAAUGGCCAAUUUGAAAUACGGCAGGUCGUAUGUGACUAUAAAUGUGUUGGGCCUAUUAAUGAGGCGAAAUUCCCAGGAGCUGAAUAUCUUGCAAAAAGCAUUAAGCGAAGGUAUAUCCAGGGGUUACGUUCGUCCUUUGUCUCGAGUGACGUAUGCUGCCGAAGAGGUAUCCCGGGCCUUCCAGCUGCUUGUAACUAGACAACAUCGUGGUCGAGUGCUGCUGAGAAUUGAUGGAUUCCAACCGUCGAUCAAACAUAGGAUACCUUCCAUGUAA